GAAAUAAAGUUCAGUUAGAUUCGAGUGCGGCGUUGCUGAAACUGGCAGAUAUCUUGCACUAACUAGAAAGAAUAAUUGUAAUUAAAAUCGGUGGCUGUUAUAACAUAAGGGCGCUUCGCAUUUAUAUAGACUCGGGGCGCAGGCUUCGCGGCUCUGAACGUGUGGCUGUGCGGCGGGCCGCACGCGCCAUCGCAGGUUUUAAUUCUAUAUCGUGCAGUGAAUAUUUUAUUUUCAUCGUUAUAAUACCGUAUAAAAUUAUAAAUCACAUGGUUAUUGUUAAAUUAUGCGCGUUUAGUGUCAUAUUUUUUUAAUCAGUGUUUGUAGUGAAAUAAAAUUGUGAUCGUAUCAUAUCUCUUUAAAAGUGACAACGUUUGCAUGCUGCAAACAGUACGUUAAGGCGUAGUGUGAAGAAAAUUAUGUGGCUGGGGGAUCGAGCUAUAAACUUCCUACAUCAAGUAGUAUCGUAUAAGAGUAGCUUCCGGUAGUCCACCGAACUGACGUUUCUAAGAUGAAUGACGAAAAUAGAUUCAAUGUCUCCGCCGUGGAGGGAGAAUCCAAGAAGAAUGGAAUCCACAUGGGCGCCAAUAUCAUUACUCGCCCUUUACGAUCCUCUGUAGAGAAUGUAGAACGCGGAGUAGCACCAAACAGCCAAUCAGAAGGCUGGCAUCAUGAAUCUGGCUGGAAACGAAGACGAUCCUUGGCACAGCUCACUAGGGAGGCGCUGCCAAGGAUGGAAAACUACAGAAACUCUAAAAGAGCGUUGAAAAGACCGAGUCUCGGAGAGUUGCAUGGAGACCAUUUAAUUACUGAGGAAGACGAGAAAGAUCAAAAUCAUAGAGAUACCAAGUCCCCGACGCCUGCUGUUGGUAUCAAACUGGGAUGGAUACAAGGCGUUUUCAUACCAUGCCUACUGAACAUUUGGGGCGUGAUGCUGUUUCUGCGUUUAUCCUGGGUGGUAUCGCAAGCAGGCAUCGGGCUGUCCCUGGUAAUCAUCGCCAUAUCGGCCAUUGUGUGUGUCAUCACCACGCUCUCCAUGAGCGCCAUCUGCACCAACGGCGAAGUAAAAGGAGGUGGCAUUUACUACAUUAUAUCAAGAUCCCUUGGCCCUGAAUUCGGGGCAUCCGUCGGCAUCAUCUUCGCAUUCGCUAACGCAGUAGCUGCCAGUAUGAACACCAUCGGCUUCUGCGACUCUCUCAACGACCUACUCAGAAGUAAUGGUUUGAAGAUCACUGAGGAUCCAAUAAAUGACGUGAGGAUAGUGGGUACCGUAGCGCUUCUCGUCAUGUGCAUCAUCUGCGCUAUCGGCAUGGACUGGGAGAGCAAAGCCCAGAAUUUCCUGAUAGCUAUCAUCGUGGGCGCGAUGGUAGAUUUCGUGGUCGGCACUAUUAUGGGACCCAAAGACAAUUCAGAAAUUGCGAAAGGUUUCGUUGGCCUCAGUAGUGCAACAUUCGUGGAAAAUUUCAAAUCUGAUUUUCGAUUUAGCGAAAAACUAGAUCAAAAUUUCUUCAGUGUGUUCGCAAUUUUCUUCCCAUCGGUAACUGGCAUUCAAGCCGGUGCAAAUAUAUCUGGAGAUCUUAAGGACCCAGCAUCAGCCAUCCCUAAAGGCACGCUGCUGGCUCUCCUGAUCUCGAUGGUGAGUUACACCCUGAUGGUGCUGUUUGCUGGUGGAGGCGCGCUGCGAGAUGCUUCGGGAAACAUUACCGACUUGCUGAUCGUCAACGGCACAGUCACCGACUACAGCAGCGUUAGUCUUUGCGCUCUCAAUAAUACUUGUGAAUACGGACUUCAUAAUAGCUAUUCGGUGAUGCAACUGAUGUCAGCUUGGGGCCCUUUUAUUUAUGGCGGAUGCUGGGCAGCGACUCUAUCCACUGCUCUCACCAACCUGCUGUCGGUACCGCGGCUCAUCCAGGCCUUGGGUGUGGACCGCAUCUACCCUGGACUAAUCUUCUUUUCCAAGCCUUACGGUCGCCACGGAGAGCCGUACAGAGGCUACGUGCUCACAUUCUUUGUUUCGCUACUGUUUCUGCUAAUCGCUGAUUUGAACACAAUAGCGCCGUUGAUCUCCAACUUUUACCUGGCGUCGUACGCGUUGAUCAAUUUCUGCACAUUCCACGCGGCGCUCGUGCGUCCGCUUGGAUGGCGCCCUACUUUCCGGUAUUACAACAUGUGGCUGUCGCUGGCUGAGUUUCUGAUGUGCGUGGCCAUCAUGUUGCUGGUCCACUGGGUCAUGUCGCUCGUUACCUUCGCCAUCUUCUUCACGCUGUACCUCAUCGUGCACUACCGCCGUCCUGAUGUUAAUUGGGGAAGUAGUACGCAAGCGCAAAUGUAUAAAACAGCGCUGUCGAGCGCCCACGCCCUGGCGCGUACGGGAGAGCACGUGAAGAACUACUGGCCACAACUGUUGGUGCUGGCUGGACGGCCUCAGGCCAGGCCGGCUCUCGUGGACCUCGGCAACCUUAUUUCCAAAGCCGGAUCGCUCAUGAUUGUUGGCGAUAUUAGUCAGGUUCGUUCUCAACAUCUCCAAUGUUCUUUGCUUUGUCGUACAAGGUGUGCUCAUGCCCGCGCGCGGAGCGACGACGAGUGGCUGCGCGGGCGCAAGGUGCGCGCGUUCUGCUCGCGCGUGCAUCGGCUUCAGCUUUCGAGCCUGGCGCGCGCGCGCUCGUGUAGGCUCUCCGGCGUCGGUCGCCUCGCGCCCAACGUGCUGCUCAUGGGCUACAAGUCUGACUGGACCACGUGUCCUGCUAACGACCUCGUCUCUUACUUCAAUGUCUUACAUACAGUUUUCGAGAACCGCUUGGCGGUGGCAAUAGUGCGCGUGAGCGGCGGGCUGGACUACAGCGCGGUGGUGUCGGAGGGCGCGGAGGAGGGCGCGGCGGGGUCGCUGACGGCCACCUCCUCCAGCGGCGAGCUGCGCGUGCGUCGCGACGGACUCAUCAUGCACGCCGAUUCAGACCUCGACAUACGCGACACCCAGCCCAAACACAACCUCUCCAACUUGCUAACACUGACCACGUCGAGAUCGUUCACGAUAUCGGAGUGCAAAGAGAAGGACAAAAAGAAGAAAGAGCGGAAACCGAACGACAUGCACCGGCAGAUCGUGUACAACACCGCGUCCGGGCUCGAGCUGUCCAAAUUCCAAUUGGCGCAGAUGAGCCUCUUCCAGAAGAAACAGGAGUCGGGCACGUUAGACGUGUGGUGGUUAUACGACGAUGGUGGGCUGACCAUCCUGUUACCGUACAUCAUCUCGCAGAGGUCCGCCUGGGCCAACUGCAAACUCAGGAUAUUCGCGCUUGCCAACCGACUGCACGAGAUGGAACUAGAGGAGAGAAACAUGGCGAACUUGCUGGCCAAAUCCGGCCGCAACCCGAAACCAAAAGCAUUGUUCGACGAAACUAUUAAGAAGUUCACAGAGGAAUCAGCUUCGCCAGAUUGCCGCAUCAGUGAUAUGGAGCUGCAGACGCUGGCGGUGAAAACGAACCGACAGUUGAGGCUGAGAGAGUUGCUGCUCGCCAACUCGAAAGAUGCUCGUCUCGUGGUCAUGUCGCUACCGAUGCCGAGAAAAGGCUCGAUAUCGGCGCCGCUGUACAUGGCGUGGUUGGAGAUGAUGAGCCGCGACUUGCCGCCGAUGCUGUUCGUACGCGGCAACCACACCUCAGUACUCACAUUCUAUUCUUAACGCCCCUCAUACAAUCGCAUUCUUAGAAAUAUAAAAUUAACUUUUCAUCAGAAUUCAUAGCCUUCAAAUCCAGAACUUUCCACUUAAAAUGGUAAUAAGAAAGACAACCGUCUCUGUCAUUUGAAUAUGAAUACAAUCAAACGAUGCGGACGUUCAUGUUGUGUUUAAAGCUACGUUCUUAAGGCCAGAUUAGUUUAUUAAGUGUGUUGAAGAAAUUUUGUUUGUUCACAUUUCCAUGAAUUAUUUAAAAUUGUUAUACUAAGGGUAGCUAGGGUGGGGCGGAAGUAUGGCUGAUAUAGAAAUGUCUUUGCCGACACUCGAAAAGCCAUGCGUUUACAAGGGCCCUAACAUGGUCCAGGCUUUUCGUUGAAUUUGGCGACU